AUGAAGGAUUCUGUCCUUGGUUCCCAGGUGGCAUCCCUUGCUUCAACCCUUGACGCUUCCUACACGUACGGGACCUCAUUGCGCAAAAGUCUUGCAAGUGACCAGAGCUAUGGGACAUUUCUUCUAGGUUAUCCCAUAUCAAAGUCUCUCGCGCCAAUGCUUCAGAACAAGCUGUUCUGUCUAGCAGGACUUUCAUGGAAGUAUCGACUUCUUGAAUCGGCCGACCAGGACGACCUAUUACCUCACUUAGCCUCGCAGGAUUGUGUUGGCGCGGCCGUCACGAUGCCCCAUAAAGUCACAUUUUUAACCAAGGUUGACGACGUAACUAUGGAAGGCCGUGCCAUUGGUGCCAUCAACACAGUCUUCAUCCGCCAAUCUCCAAUGGGGCAUCGCAGAUACAUUGGUACCAACACAGACUGCAUUGGCGUUCGCGAGGCAUUUCUACGCAAUAUAUCGCCAGAGGGUCUCGCACGGGGUACAUCAAGCCCUGCUCUAGUAAUCGGUGGCGGUGGUGCAUGUCGUAGCGCUAUCUUCGCACUUCAUGAAUGGUUCAAUGUCCAAACAAUAUACCUAGUCAACAGAUUUAAGAGUGAAGUCGACAGCAUUAUACGAGAUUUCUCGCAGAUACCGGGGUGGAAGGCCAAACUCCUCCACGUGGACUAUGUAGCCCAAGCACAAAAGGCUGACAGUCCAUAUUUUAUUGUCGGAACAGUACCGGACUAUCCCCCGUCGACAGUGGAGGAGAAUCUAGCUUCUGAGAUCGUGAAAGCGUUCCUAAUGUCAGGACUGACAACAGAGAAGGGAAUGGUGCUGGAAAUGUGCUAUUUUCCGCGGGUACGAACUACCUUUUUUGAGCUUGCGGAAGCAAAUGGCUGGCAAGUCAUAGCCGGUACCGAGGCGAUGAUCUGGCAGGGGGUGGCUCAACAGGUCCUCUGGACAGAGGAUCUGUUACCAGCAACGGGUAGCAUUGUAGACACUGCUAGCGAGAUGAUCUCGAAAGAAAUUACUGUGUAG